GAUAUUUAAUCAGUAAAAGCAAACGGACAAAGAUUGGGAGAUUAAUGCCAUGUUCGUGGUGCACUCCUGCUACUUCUCACUUGUCCUCAAGUAGCACCAUGUUUAGGAAACUUCGCUUUAUUCUGUUUUUGUCCUGACUCUUUAAGUAGCUGCCGCCAGUGAAAUACUGAUCAGAAUCUACCAAGAAGCAGCAAUCACUGUCAGACCAUCACUCCAUUCCUACUUUUCUCCACCACCCUGGAUCUCUGCAUUUCUGGCCGGGAAUUCCGAUCCUGGUUUCUUCAGAAAGGCAGAGCGUACAUGGAACGGAACUGCUUCUUCGCAGCAUUGGAUCAUGGGGGGAAGAUAAGCCACGCCCCCUUAUUACAGCACACCAGCUGCCAUAUCCUGUGUUUCCAUGUGCCAUACUCAGCUCUCACUAUGUUUCUGAGCAGUGACCAGAAGGAGAGAGACAUUGUAACUGCCUACCGUAUGACAAUGGAAGCAUUUGGAACAAUGAUUGGAGCUGCUAUCCAGGGCCAGAUUGUAGCACAGGGCCAUGCCUCCAAUCAUUGCUUUCUACAGAAUACAUCAGCAGAUUCUAGUGUUAACUCCACAGAUGGCAGCAGUUUGUUUAAUGGCAAUGCUAGCACUUGGCAGCCACAAGACUCACUCUCUCAGACAAAAGUCUCAUACAUGGUUGCUGCUGGUUUUGUAGGAGGCAUUUACACAUUUUGUACAAUUGCUCUGUUCUUCGGUGUGAAAGAGAGAGAUGACCCCUACACUGCAAAGUCAGACAAACCAAUCCCUUUCCUAAAAGGAAUGAAACUUGUGAUGAGACACAGCCCCUACGUGAAGCUGACUACAACUUUUCUCUUCACAUCAUUGGCCAUUCAGCUUCUAGAGGGGAAUUUUGCUCUCUUUUGCACCUAUGCUGUAGGUCUUCGACACCAUUUUCAAAACAUCGUACUUACGAUUCUGGUAUCUGCUGUGAUGACUAUUCCAUUCUGGCAAUGGUUUCUGCAGAGAUUUGGCAAGAAAACUGCAGUUUACUGUGGUAUGACUUGGCUUAUUCCAUUUAUAAUCAUGAUGGUUUCCAUUCCAAACAAUCUAAUUCUGUCCUAUGUGGUGGCAGCCUCUUCUGGUCUGAGUAUUGCUUCACAUUUCCUGUUGCCAUGGUCUAUGCUGCCUGAUGUUAUUGACGAUUUUAGACUUCAAAAUCCAUGCAUAAAAGGACUGGAACCCAUAUUCUGCUCAUUCUAUGUUUUCUUCACCAAGCUGUCUGCUGGAGUUUCUCUGGGAUUCUCUACUCUUAGCCUUGAUUUUGCAGGCUAUGAAACUGGAGCAUGUUUCCAGCCCCCUCCUGUGGCUUUAACCCUAAAACUGCUAGUGGGAGCAGCGCCUACAGGACUGAUUAUCAUUGGGUUAUUGAUAUUCCAGCUUUACCCAAUAACAGAAGAAGUCCGAAUGAAAAAUAAAUUGGCGCUCCAAGAGCUAAGGGAUAGCAGCCAGAACUGUGAUUACCUGCUGAAAGACAUGGGGAGCAUAUCAUGACAAAUUGCAGGAUUGAAGUAUGACAAUCGCUUACAAGCCAUAUAUUCCAGAGUAUAUUGGAAUCAUUGCUGCUGCA